ACCACGAGGAAUAUAAAGACAUUCAACUAUCUCAAGGCUCAAUAUUGUGCCAGGUGGACUCUAUGAGCAGCUCUCUGCACCACCAAACAUGUCCAAGACUUUGGAUGACUAUUGCGGCUCCGUGUUCUGGAAUUCUUCUCUGCUGGAAAGAUCGGAUCCAGAUUUGCCAAUAUGUUUCGAACAGACGGUUCUGGUUUGGAUCCCCCUGAUCUUUCUUUGGCUUUGUGCUCCUUGGCAGCUCUUGAACCUGUGUAAAUCAGAAAAAGCGGGAUCUCCUAUCACUAAGCUGUAUCUAGCUAAGCAGUUCCUGACUCUAUUACUUUUAUGUACGUCGAUUGCUGGAAUAGGCGUCACAGUAGCAGAACAUGUGGACGGACAAUCGAGCACCAACAAGAUGCUUCCUACUGUCCUCUACGUGAAUCCGCCACUCCAUGCUGUGACAUGGAUCUUGAUGUUGAUCAUCCACCAUAGCCGAAGGCACUGCGUCCAGACGGACUCCGGAGUAAUCUUCAUCUUCUGGAUUCUCUCCGUUGUUUGUGGCUUUUUUCCAUUUCAGUCUCUAAUUCGUCUUGCACUAAAUGAUGAGAUCCAGGACCUACCUCGUCUAUGUUUGUUCUUCAUCUCAUUCGGACUUCAGCUUCUUAUUCUAGUCAUCUCUUCCAUCUCAGAAAAAAACGAGCUAACAAAGAAGAAUCCGGAAUUAACAGCAUCUUUUCUAAGUAGAAUCACAUUCAGCUGGUUUGACAGCAUUGUUGUUAAGGGAUACAGGAGACCUUUAGUCAUGGAGGAUCUCUGGGAAUUGAACAAAGAUGAUCAGACCAAAGAUAUCUAUGAGGAUUUCGAGAAAACAAUGAAGACAGGAGUGGCUAAGGCAAGGAAAGAGCUGGAGAAACGCAGAAAUAAGAGGAAACGGAAGGACAGCGCCAUUGAAAUGAAUGGGCUGAGCAAAACACAAAGUCAGGACAUACUAGUUGAGGAAGAAAAGAAGAAAAAGAAGGAGUCUAUAUCUGGAACAUCUAAAGAUUACCCCAAGUCCUGGCUCUAUAAGACCCUAAUUAAGUCAAACUCAGGUCUCCUACUACGAUCGGCUUUCUUUAAGCUCAUCCAAGACCUCCUACUGUUUGUCAGCCCCCAGAUCUUGAAAGCGAUGGUCUCGUUUACAUCCAACCCUGCCGAGUAUCAAUGGAAGGGAUUUUUUUACGCCAUCUUGCUGCUCGUGACAGCUUUAAUCCAGUCGCUCUGUCUGCAGAAAUAUUUCCAGGACUGCUUUGUUUUGGGAAUGAGAGUCCGUACGGCACUGACAGCUGCGGUGUACAAAAAAGCACUGACUGUCUCCAAUGCCACCCGGAAAGAGUCAACAGUGGGAGAAACUGUAAACCUGAUGUCAGCGGAUGCACAGAAAUUCAUGGAUCUGGCAAGCUACAUUCAUCUCAUCUGGUCAUCACCGCUGCAGAUCGCUAUUUCUGUGGUAUUCCUUUGGACAGAGCUGGGACCAUCCGUCCUGGCAGGACUUGGAGUGAUGAUCCUCUUGAUACCAUUCAAUGCCGUCCUGGCUACUAAAUCAGAGUCAUUCCAGAUGAAAAACAUGGAAAACAAAGAUAAACGGCUGAAAAUUAUGAAUGAAAUUCUGAAUGGCAUAAAGAUCUUGAAGUUGUACGCGUGGGAACCUUCAUUUGAGAAACAGGUGCAGGAAAUCCGUGAGAAGGAGCUGAAGGACAUGCUACACUUUGCCUAUCUGUUCUCUGUGUCCGUGUUUGUAUUCAGCUGUGCCCCAUUCCUGGUGUCGGUUGCAAGUUUUGCUGUCUAUGUUGUGGUUGAUCCAAACAAUGUGCUGAAUGCAGAAAUAGCCUUCACUUCCAUCUCUCUGUUUAACAACCUGAGCUUCCCCCUCUCCAUGCUGCCCAUGCUUAUUUCUUAUAUGGUCCAGACAAAUGUAUCUUGUGCCCGGCUGGAGAAAUACUUGGGAGGGGAAGACUUAGAUACCUCUGCUAUACACACUGAUUCUAGUGUUGAUGCUGCUAUCCAGUUUUCUAAUGCCACGUUUACCUGGGAGCAGGGCACAUCUCCAGCAGUGAAGAACAUCAACCUGGAUAUCAAGGAAGGUCAUCUGGUUGCAGUAGUCGGUGCUGUUGGGUCUGGGAAAUCAUCUCUUGUUUCUGCAAUGCUUGGAGAAAUGGACCAUGUUGAGGGACACAUCAAUAUAAAGGGUUCUUUGGCCUAUGUUCCCCAACAAGCCUGGAUCCAGAACGCCACGCUGAGAGAUAACAUCUUGUUUGGGGCCCCUCUAGAUGAGGAGAGAUAUCAGCGGGUUCUAGAAGCCUGCGCCUUGCUUCCUGACUUACAGAUGCUGCCUGGAGGAGAUAUGUCAGAAAUUGGAGAAAAGGGAAUAAACUUGAGUGGAGGCCAGAAGCAGCGUGUGAGUCUGGCCCGAGCAGUAUAUCACAAUACAGACGUCUACAUCCUCGAUGACCCUCUCUCUGCCGUUGACGCUCAUGUGGGGAAACACAUAUUUGAGAAGGUGGUUGGCCCCAACGGUUUACUAAAAGACAAGACCCGAGUCCUGGUCACUCAUAGUGUAAGCUUUCUAAAGCACACAGAAGAGAUAGUGGUAUUAGUGAAUGGCAGCGUUACUGAAAUCGGCUCCUACCAAACAUUAUUGGCAAACAAUGGAGCUUUCGCAGAGUUCCUCAGGACGUACGCUAAGCAAGACCAUGCCAAGGACUCAGAACCGACAGUGCUACAAGAUGCAGGUGAAGAAGAUGGCGGUGAAGAUACAGUACAGAGUGCAGAAGUAGCAGAAGACAUUGUGACAAUGACACUUAAGAGAGAGAACAGUCUACACAGGAGGAAGCUUAGCAGUAUCAAUGGCACCUUAAGGAAGUCUCUGAAGGAUGUAAAAAAGGAGAAAGGAGAAGACAAGGAAAAAUUAGCAGCGGGACAACAACUUAUUGAAAAGGAAAACGUGGAGAUAGGAAAGGUGAAAUUCUCUCUGUAUAUGAAAUACCUUCGCGCUAUUGGAUGGUGUUACACCACCUGGAUUUUGGUUACCUACAUUUUUCAGAAUGUUGCCUUAGUUGGACGCAAUAUUUGGCUCAGUGAAUGGACAUCGGACUCUGUGACUUAUUUUAAUCAGACCUAUCCGACCUCACAGAGAGACUUGCGGGUUGGUGUGUUUGGAGCCCUGGGGGUGGCACAAGCUAUUUUUGUGUUCCUCAGCGCUUUUCUGAUUGCGGCCGGUACAGUGCGUGCAUCGCGGCUACUCCAUUCACAACUCCUUCGAAAUAUCCUGCACGUUCCUAUGCAGUUCUUUGACACCACUCCAUCUGGGCGUAUUGUCAACAGGUUUGCCAAGGACAUCUUCACUGUGGAUGAAACCAUUCCCUUGUCCUUCCGAUACUGGAUCGAGUGCUUCUUGGAAGUCAUCAGCACUCUGUUUAUUAUCUGCUUCGCCACGCCCAUUUUUGCUGCUGUCAUCGUACCAUUGGCCAUUUUCUAUUAUUUUGUCCAGAGGUUUUAUGUCACCACCUCACGUCAGCUGAGACGUCUGGACUCAGUCACAAGGUCCCCCAUCUAUUCUCACUUUGGGGAGACAGUCUCCGGUCUAUCAGUCAUCCGGGCGUAUGGGCAUCAACAGAGAUUCCUCCAGCACAAUGAAGAUGUUAUAGACCUCAAUCAAAAGAGCGUUUACUCCUGGAUUGUCUCCAAUAGGUGGCUGGCCAUUCGUCUUGAAUUUGUAGGGAACCUGACGGUGUUCUUUGCUGCCCUUUUUGCUGUACUAGCUCGUGGCACCGUGGACAGUGGGACUGUUGGGCUAUCCAUUUCCGCGGCACUCAAUAUUACCCAGACCCUGAACUGGUUAGUGCGGAUGACGUCUGAACUAGAGACCAACAUUGUCGCUGUUGAGCGUGUGGAUGAAUACAUUAAUGUAGAGAACGAAGCAGAGUGGGUGACUCAGCGGCGCCCCCCACAGAACUGGCCGGACAAAGGCGUUGUGCAGUUUGUGGAUUACAAGGCGCGUUAUCGCUCUGAGUUAGAUCUUGUUCUUCAUGGGAUUUCCUGCACUGUUGACAGUAUGGAGAAGGUUGGAAUAGUGGGAAGGACGGGAGCCGGAAAAUCUUCACUUACGAACUGUCUCUUCCGGAUCAUCGAGGCGGCAGGAGGGAAGAUUGUCAUUGAUGGUUUGGACAUCUCCACCAUUGGCCUCCAUGAUCUGCGCAACAAACUGACUAUAAUUCCUCAGGACCCGGUGCUGUUCUCUGGGACACUGAGGAUGAAUUUGGACCCAUUUGAUCAGUACACGGAUGAGGAGGUCUGGAAAGCUCUUGAACUUUCUCACCUUAAACCGUAUGUAGAAGGACUGCAGGAAAAGCUUUUCUAUGAAGUGAGCGAAGGAGGAGAGAACCUAAGUGUCGGUCAGAGGCAGCUGGUGUGUCUGGCUCGGGCGCUGCUUCGGAAAUCCAAGAUCCUCGUUCUGGAUGAAGCCACGGCCGCCGUGGACCUGGAGACCGAUGAUUUAAUCCAGAGGACCAUCCGCAGUGAAUUCGCAGAUUGCACGGUGUUGACCAUUGCCCAUCGGUUGCACACUAUCAUGGACAGUAACAAAGUCAUGGUGUUGGACUCAGGAAAGAUAAUAGAAUACAGUAGCCCAGAAAAACUUCUGGCAGGUCAAGGACAUUUUGCCUCCAUGGCCAAAGAUGCUGGCAUUGACAUCACGAGCGGCACAUCAAUAUGAGAGUUGGAGAAUGUAGAUGUGGGAUGAUACGCCAGCAAGGACUCUCUAAGGACUUUCUGAGCCUCGGCCGCUGCAAACACGACACAAACUGUGAAGCUACAUAAAUAAAUCUCAUAUAGGGGAAACUAUUGUUGAUUGGAUUAUAAGAGCAAUGUUAUGUGAUGACACUGUAUUUGUAGUAGCAGGUAAAUAAUAAUGAUUGUGCUGUAUCUGGCAUUGCAUCUCAGCCCCACUCACCUGAAUACUGCAAUACCAGACAGAGUCAGGUGUGGUGCUGUUUCUGGACCUAACGUAUUUGUCUAAAUAUCAUUUAUUAGCAGUUUCCCAUCUUUAAGUUGUUACUCACAUGCAGGGGAGGAAAAAAUGUCAUCCUGCCAUCCACUCAGUCUCUGUCCUGUUCCCUUUAGUGCUGAGAACUGGGAUGUCUGUGCAGCCUCAGUCAAUCACACACUGUAUCUCUCUGUGCACAGAGAAGAAGGGUGAGGGCUGCUCUCAGAGAGGGAGCUGGCCGGUAGUGAGAGCAGAGCUGCAAUGGCUGCCUGGAAAUGUAGUAUUCAUGCUACCAUGGAGGGAAGGGUUGCAAAGAAUAUCAAACAGCCAGAUAACACAACAGGAGCUACAGGAGCCAUACAUAUCAGGCAGUAUCAUUUACAGGGAACAUAUCCAGGUAGUGUUGAGGCUUUGGAGCUUUUUAUAUGUACUUCCCUGGAGCACCCCUUUAAUGUUGUGUCUGUAUGGAGCUGGUGCAGUGUACAGAUCCAGUAUUGUA